UGUAAAAUACCGAGUAAGACUAUUUAAAUUAUCAGUCAGUCGCCUUCCCAGCAUCAUCCAUAUUGCGGAGUAUGUAAUGUUCUCUUCAACAUAUCUGACCCUUCAAUCUUGCUUUACUGAAACGAAAAGGUCAGACUCAAAUUUGCAGACAAAUCUUUCUCUAUAAAGUGUUGUUCUUGACCUGAUCCAUCCUCUCUCUCCUGGUUUCACAAUUUUCCUAACCUCUUUACAAAUUGGUUCUGUCAUAAACGCUUUUGUUUGAAAACAGGGGCUUCAAAACAUUUAUUUGGCUUUGAUUUUUGAAACCCUUUUUGGUUGGUUCUUUGAAGUUUAAGAGAGCUUGGUCAUCCGGGUAGUUGUUUCUAGACUAGGAUUUUGUAUUUCGUUUCUCUCCUUGAAUUAUCUUGAACUGAACUUGGCCUGUUUGAAAGGGAGUGUUGGGAAAUUUAGAGGGAUUUCCAAAUCUUCUAGCGGCCAUCUGUCAGUACAGAGUUUCUCUUGCUGGCAGUUUUAAUGGUGAAGAAAGAUUGAGGUAGUUACACUGGUAGUUGGGAUUUCAGGUUCGCGUCACGAGAAAAUUUGGUUUUGUCACAAGAAGUGUUAAGGGCAAGUUCCGAUUCUCAACUGCUUUCAGUGAUUGUGAUAAGCCUUUUUUCUACUGCUUAGCGUUUUUCUUGGGAAAACAGAGAGGAAGAGUGUGUGUGUGAGAGAGAGAGAGACUUCUGUCUGCUUCUUUGUUUCCCCUUACAUGUCCUUACUGUGUUUCCACUAUGAAUCAUUCUGGGGCAGCCUUUGAUCAGAAAGCAGCAGUUGAAGUCACAAAGGAUAGAAGUGGAAUUGAUCAGGUUCUGCUUCGGAAUCCCCGAGGGGCAUCUGCAAGGGUUAGCUUGCACGGAGGACAGGUUCUUUCAUGGAGGACUGACCGAGGAGAAGAAUUGCUAUUCACAAGUAGCAAGGCAAUCUUCAAGCCACCAUAUGCAGUGCGAGGAGGGAUUCCUAUCUGCUUCCCGCAGUUUGGACAGCGAGGAUCACUGGAGCAACAUGGGUUUGCCAGGAACAGGACUUGGGUCAUUGAUGAUAACCCACCACCAUUGAAUCCAAAUGAUUCCAGUGGCAAGGCCUAUACUGACUUACUGCUAAAGCCAUCAGAAGAUGAUUUGAAGAUCUGGCCACACAGUUUCGAGUUCCGUCUUCGGGUAUCUUUGACAGCAGAUGGGAAUCUAAGCUUGAUAUCACGCAUCAGGAAUAUCAAUUGCAAGCCCUUUAGUUUCUCAAUUGCUUAUCACACAUAUUUCUCGAUCUCUGAUAUCAGUGAAGUGAGGGUUGAGGGAUUGGAGACUCUUGACUAUCUUGACAACCUCCGGCAAAGGGAGCGCUUCACAGAACAAGGGGAUGCCUUGACAUUUGAAUCUGAGGUUGACAGAGUUUAUCUUAGCUCUAGAGAUAUCAUUGCAAUUUUCGAUCAUGAAAGAAAACGGACCUUUAUGGUACAGAAAGAAGGACUUCCAGAUGUUGGGGUUUGGAAUCCAUGGGAGAAGAAAUCCAGAACCUUGGUUGAUUUUGGGGAUGAUGAAUACAAACAGAUGCUUUGUGUCUAUGGGGCAGCAGUGGAAAAGCCAAUCACCUUGAAGCCGGGUGAGGAAUGGACAGGCCGUCUGGAGCUCUCAGUUGUCCCUUCAAGUUAACGAAAUGGUUAUCAUCUUGAACCCCACAUCGAGCCUCAUCUUCUAAAAAUGACAGCAAAUAAUACAAAUUAGCGUCUCCCUCCACGGCAUCUAUCAAACAGAGGCAACAUGAAUCCGUUAAUUUGUAUUCAAUUGUUUAUGAUACUAAGCAAAUAAGAGAUUUGAUCACUUUGCAAAGUAAUUGAUUCAAAGUGAUCAUGAAAAAUGUAAAUUCCUGCAAGUGGAGAUCUGUCUUUUAGUGUUUCUCCAUGGUAGUAAUGUUGCAACCGGAACUGAUCAACAUAGAUUGUUUUAGUCUCUAUCUCUAUACGAAUACAUGUGUGUGUAUAUAUAUAUAAUAUAUCCAUUACCUGGCAAAA